AGGACGUGUGGUUGAAGUCCACAGAGACUGAGUAUACAGCAGGGCUAUCUCAUCUCAAGGUCUCUUGGAACUUUGGAAGAGAGCUUUGAAGCAUAAACAUGAAGCAUUUGUUUGAUUUCUUGGAUGUGACAGGAACAAGUUGGAGGCCUUUGAAGAAGAGAACUGUAACAAUUACUCUAAUCUUCUUGUUAUUGUUGUUGAUCUUCCUUGUUGCUGCGUUGGUAUCUGCAGGCUGGAUCGAUGUGUUUAUGUUUUCAGGUGCUUAUUCUAAGAAAUCAAUCACAACAACCACAAACACAAGCACACCCAAGAGACCUGAAUUCCCACUGCAGUGUACCGAAGGAAUUAAUGUGACACAAGGUUGUCCAAGAACCUACCCUACCACACACGACCCCGCAAAUCCUAGCCGUCCAUCCAACCUCACAUGCCCAUCAUACUUCCGAUGGAUCCACGAAGAUCUACGGCCAUGGAAAGAGACGGGAAUCACGAGGGACAUGAUAGAGCGGGCCCGCAUGACUGCGGAUUUUAGGCUCUUGAUCGUGGACGGCAAGGCUUACAUAGAGAAGUAUAGACAAUCCUUUCAAACUAGGGAUAUGUUUACAUUAUGGGGCAUUUUGCAGCUUCUAAGGGUGUACCCCGGUAGAUUGCCUGACGUGGAGCUCAUGUUUAACUGUGGUGAUAUGCCUGUCAUCCCAUCAAAGGACUUUCGGGGCCCAAAUGCUAGCCCACCGCCAUCGUUUCAUUAUUGCGCGGACGAGGGGAGCUUGGAUAUUGUGUUCCCAGAUUGGUCUUUUUGGGGCUGGGCUGAGAUCAAUAUAAAACCAUGGAGAAGUCUAUUGCAAGGCAUAAAAGAAGGCAAUAAAAGAACAAAGUGGGAAGACAGGGUGCCCUAUGCUUACUGGAAAGGUAACCCAAAUGUGGCUUCAACCAGACAGGACCUUCUCAAAUGCAAUGUGAGCACACGCCUAUAUGUUCAGAAUUGGAUGCAAGAAUCUAAACAAGGGUUCAAGGAUUCAAACCUAGAAAACCAGUGCAAGCACAGGUACAAAAUUUAUAUAGAAGGACGGGCAUGGUCUGUAAGUGAAAAAUACAUCAUGGCAUGUGAUUCUAUGACCUUGUAUGUAAGGUCUCGUUAUUACGAAUUCUUCACGAGAGGCAUGGAGCCAUUGCGGCACUUUUGGCCUAUUAGGGACAACAGCAAGUGCACUUCUCUCAAGUUUGCUGUGGAAUGGGGCAAUAAUCACAAAGACAAGGCGAAGGCGAUUGGGGAGGCUGCGAGCAACUUCAUACAAGAAGAUCUAAAGAUGGACUAUGUGUAUGAUUACAUGUUUCAUGUGCUAAAUGAAUAUGCAAAGCUCUUGAAAUUCAAACCAACUAUACCUCUCAAUGCAGUGGAACUGUGCUCAGAAAAAAUGGCAUGCCCUGCAACUGGUACAUGGAAGAAGUUCAUGGUGGAGUCUAUGGUGAAGUCUCCAAGUGAUGAACUCCCAUGCACUCUGCCUCCUCCAUAUGAUCCUCUGGCUCUCCGCGAUUUUCUUGAGAGAAAGGCUAACUCAACUAGGCAAGUGGAAGCUUGGGAAAAUGAAUAUUGGCAAAGUAUUGGAAAAAAGCAAUAGGUGUUAUAAAUAUACAAAUAAUGGAUGCCCACUAUACCUAACUAUUGGUGCUAUAUAACUCAUCAAUGAUAUAUGUAUCAACUUACCAUUGUAAUAUUGUCAGGAACUAUUAUGCCUAUAAAUAGGCAUAUGAAUUAAUAAGAAGAUGAAGGAGAAACCAUAAGAACAU